CUCUUUUACAAAGGAACAGACACCGAUUUGUUCGCUGGAUUUCGUGCAUGCAAAUGCUUGAAAGGUUUUCAUCGCACUCACUUGUUUAAAGGCUGUCGGCCGUUCAAUAAAGAAGGGUUGAAAUGCGAAAAUGACUGCAUUACACUUAAGCCGGGCUAUUGGUGGAAAUGGUACAAUGACUCCGUCAAAGGACUCUAUAAGACCUACACCUCAAAUCUGCUGUCAUCAAAUCCUUCCUUCGACAGUAACAGAGUCGAAUACCCUUUUCCGUUGCCUAUGCCACAUGAAUGCCCAAGAAAGGAAUCAUGCUUAGGAGGUCGGAACUCCAAAUGUGAACAGGGCUAUGAAGGGCCCCUCUGUGAAGUUUGUAGCCAUGGCUAUUACAAACACCUUCCGACCUGCAAGGAGUGUCCAACAAAGGCUUGGAUGGCGGGUCAAUUGACCAUCACCUUCGUUUUGCUGCUGCUCCUUGUAGUGGUAGUAGUUUGGACGAGCAUUAUGAAAAACAAAGAGAACAGAGAGCACGCUUUGGUUGACAUAAUUUUGGCCAGGCUAAAAAUCGUCAUUGGUUUCUAUCAGGUUACGUUUGGCGUACUGGAUGCUUUCACUUUCAUUAAGUGGCCUGAUUACCUGGCUGCCGUAGCAAAAUAUUCCGAAAUGCUUCAACUAAAUGUUCUUCAGAUUGCUCCAAUCCAUUGUCUAUUUCCUCAGUUAAAAGUGGAUGCAUUUGGGAGUUUGUUUGCUAUCCUCGCAAUGAAUGUAGCUGCUGUUGCAGUGGCUGGGACAUGUUAUGGAAUGAAAAGGCUUUUGAUGACCUCCAAAAGUCGUCUCCUGGAAAAUGAUGCGGAAGCCAAGCAGAUUUCAAACACGAAGGAGCUUAUCUACAGAAAAAUUUUUUUCUUCUUGUUUGUUACUUAUAUUAGCACCUGCUCAAAAACAGCAAACGUCCUUCCCCUUACCUGCCGCGAGAUGUGUUAUGAAGAUAACGGUAAAGAUUGUUUCAAAUAUCUAAAAGCAGACUUUACUAUUGAAUGCCAUAGUCGAAGAUACAAGCGCUUGGUUUCUGUAGCAUAUUUUGCAAUUGCAUACAUCGUCUUCUUGCCUCUUGCCUCUUACCUCUUUCUCUGGAAGCAAAACAGAAAAGUCAAAGCAUCGGAAAACGACUCCAGACAAAAACAAACUUUUGGAAAAGAACUGGCGGCAGGGAUGAAAUUUUCUGAAAAAUACACAGCCAGGUCAUGGUAUUGGGAGUUUGUGGAGACAGUUCGCAAAGUCAUAUUGACAUCUGGCUUGAUUCUCGUGGGAGGGGAGAGCAGGGCAUACGUUGGAUUGGCUUGCGUUAUUCCAGGGCUGUAUGGAAUGUUUUUUGCCUACGUGAGACCAGUAGAAGAUCCAUUUGAAAACAAACUGAUGCUUACUUCUCUUGCUGUUACGUUCGUCAAUCUGGGCAUUGGAGCUGUCAGCAAAAUUCCCAAAGAAAAUGUUCCAGCGUCGAUAGAUCCGUAUGUGGACUCUGUUAUGUUCGACAUAUUGGUGAUUGCUGCCAACACUCUUGUGAUCGGAUUACUUGUUGGUGAGUAGGCUAAAGAUUAAGACUACGAGAAGCCUCUCUUUUUUCUUAGUCCGCAGAGCAAAACGCGCGAGACACAAAAAUGACCACGCCCGCGACUGAAGGAGCAAAACGGGAGAGCAGCCACCCUCGUUUCUCGCGCCUCUCUCGCGGCUUCGCCGCUCGACGCUUAUGCGCGCGUGCACUCCCCUUACUAAAUUCUUCCCUUCUUCUACCCUUACCUCCCCGAAAGGGAAUUUCUUUCCCUUCUUCCACUCCUUCUCCUUUCUUUUAUUUUUUCUCUCGUUCCAGCUUUCGUUCAUUAACUCGAGCAAAACCGCUUGCUACGCACACUUAAGUGGCCACAGUAACAAUUCAUCGAUUAAACUACCAGCCCUGUAAAGCAAACGCAGGCUGUGCUGUGUUGUUUCUAAUGUGUAUUUUUUGCUGAAGAUUUACCUUUUCACUCUUUUCAUGUCUUGAUUUCAGUUCAGUAUCCUGUAUACCUUUACAGUUUCAUCAAAGAAUGGAGAAAAAAUCCCCAGUGGUCCAUGUCCUGUUGCCUAGCAAUGCUUCUUCCUCUUAACGACCUACAGGGAGAAAUUCGAGGCAUGAUGGGGCGGAAUGUUCUGAAGCAGCAAUUUCAAAGUGGACGAAUAGCUAUGCCCUCCGUGGCUGGCGCCGUGAAGGACACUGGGGCUAUUGACUUUCAGCUUGAAGAGGAAGAAACAACUGAAGUUGCGCCAGACAGCUUGGGUGGCCAUAACAACAGCUCGCACAGUCCGCAAAUUGUCACGGACCCCUCAGAUCCCUGUAUAACUGACUUUGUUGUAUCGCCUCUUGCUGUUCAUUGCCGCUCGAAUAAAAGGGACACCUCAGUCUAG